UCUCAAAUUUUAUUUUACACAGUAAAAACUUUUAUGAUGCAUCAGAUGCAAUUUGUUUGUUUACUUUUUACAUUCGUUCGUGCUAUAUAUGGACAACACAAAGAACAUUGUCUAAACAAGAAUGAUGAAUCUCUAAUAACUAGCAUGAAACAGAUGAUGCAAGCAUUGACUGAGAAGAUGCAAAUUCUGGAGAAUAAAUUAAAAAGAUUAAGAUUAAAGAGCAUGUGGAUUGGCGCAAACGAUAGAUCAAGAGAAGGCAGAUGGCUGUGGGAAUCAGAUCGAUCGUCCUUGGCCUUCAGUGACUGGUACCCACGUCAACCCGACGAUGGUUCUAGAUCAGAAGACUGUGCACAUCUGUACAGUGGAUUUUCCUACCGAUGGAAUGACGAUCAGUGCUGGAAUCGAGCAGGAUAUAUCUGUGAAAGGGAUUAAGUUUAUAAUCCGAUUCGACUCUAAAGACGCCAUUUUAAAUGAUACCGAUAUGUACUAGUUUAUCAUUCUGUACCAUGUGUAGCCAAUAGACGUACAAGUUGUACAUGAUCUAUAAUUUUGCUUCUGAAUAAAGUGUCUCUUUUCUGCA